UCGCCGUCCACGCGAGCCUAUUUUCGUUUUUAUACAAAUUUUGUAAAUAAUAAAACUUGUUUCUAUAUUUCUUAUAAUUAAUUAACUCACGUUGCUAAAAUGAGUACGAUUUUGGAAAAAAUUGCGGCUAUUGAGUCUGAGAUGGCACGCACGCAAAAGAACAAGGCUACAUCGGCACAUUUGGGUCUGUUGAAAGCUAAGCUCGCUAAAUUACGACGCGAGCUAAUUUCCCCCAAGGGUGGUGGUGGCGGUACCGGUGAAGCCGGCUUCGAAGUUGCCAAAACCGGAGAUGCACGAGUCGGGUUUGUUGGUUUUCCGUCUGUAGGAAAAUCAACGCUACUUUCGAAUUUAGCCGGCGUGUACUCGGAGGUGGCUGCAUACGAGUUCACCACACUUACCACCGUGCCAGGCUGCAUUCUUUACAAAGGCGCCAAGAUACAGCUUCUGGACUUACCCGGUAUUAUUGAAGGCGCCAAAGAUGGCAAGGGUCGAGGUCGGCAAGUUAUAGCAGUCGCGCGAACCUGCAAUUUAAUCUUCAUGGUGCUGGAUUGCCUAAAGCCUUUGGGCCAUAAAAAGCUGCUGGAGCACGAAUUGGAGGGCUUCGGUAUACGGUUGAACAAGAAGCCGCCCAAUAUAUAUUAUAAACGCAAGGAUAAAGGUGGAAUCAAUCUCAAUUGCAUGGUGCCGCAAUCGGAGCUGGAUACGGACUUGGUCAAAACAAUUCUAUCGGAGUAUAAGAUACACAAUGCAGAUAUUACGUUGCGUUACGAUGCGACUAGCGAUGACCUGAUCGAUGUUAUUGAGGGCAAUCGUAUAUACAUACCUUGCAUUUAUCUGCUGAAUAAAAUUGAUCAGAUUUCCAUUGAGGAAUUAGAUGUCAUCUACAAGAUACCGCAUUGCGUGCCCAUAUCAGCUCAUCAUCAUUGGAACUUUGACGACCUGCUGGAAAUGAUGUGGGAGUACCUAAGGCUCAUACGCAUCUAUACUAAACCAAAGGGUCAGUUGCCUGAUUACAGCUCGCCGGUGGUGUUGCACAAUGAGCGCACAAGCAUUGAAGACUUUUGUAAUAAGCUGCAUCGCUCCAUAGCUAAAGAGUUUAAAUACGCGCUAGUCUGGGGUUCCUCGGUCAAGCAUCAACCGCAGAAAGUGGGCAUCGAACAUGUACUGAACGAUGAGGAUGUUGUUCAGAUUGUCAAAAAAGUUUAGGAUAAUAAUUUAUGCAUUUUGAUUGUGGUUUUUUUCUAUGCAAGUUUUAAAUAAAAAAAAGUUCCGCCACUA